ACAAUUCUCUUUGAAAUGGAUAAAAGAAUUUUGUUGUUUCUGAUUAUAGUUUGGCAUAUGAUGAUGAUGAUGAUGAGUGGUGUAUGUGCAAGAAAUAUACGUUUUCCACCUUCACAUGAUACACUUAAACAAGGUGAAAUUUUACCAUCUCCUCAACCACCUUUUCUCAUGCGACAGGGAAUUGGUAGCAUUGGGAAUAUGGUGAAGGAAGAAGAAGGCCUAAGUAGACUUGGGUCAAGACCACCAAGAUGUGAACACAAGUGCAGAGGGUGCACCCCAUGUUUCCCGAUUCAAGUCCCUACAGCUCAAGUUGGUCCACAAUAUGCCAACUAUGAGCCUGAAGGCUGGAAAUGUAAAUGUGGCUCUAUUUUCUUUAACCCUUGAACUUCUUUUUGUUUGUCAAAAGUGGUCCUAAUUCCUUUGUCUUACAUGUACAAUUUUCCUUUUUCCUUAAUCAAUGCCAUAAUUAAUUAAUUUAUGUUUAA